AUGGCACUUUCUGAGAGAUUCAAAACGGAAUCAUUUCACUGGGACUUGGUGCAAUCUUAUGGGAUUCUUACCCGUGUUGGGAAAGGGUCUACUGGAGUCACUGCUGGCAAAUUGCUCCAGCAUUGCAUAGCCGAGAUCAAUUACUUUCGUCAACACAUCGGUCAAAAGCUCUGUGUCUUUAAGAUCGGUGUGACAUCAAACCCACUUUGUCGCUUUUGCGCGUACCUAGAAAAGGGUUUCACUGCUAUGACUGUCUUGGCUGUGUCAAACAAUGUGGAUCACAUCCACAUGCUGGAGGCAGCAUGCAUAUCACAGUUUGCCAAAGAUAUUGGUUGCAAAAAUGCAGCCAAUUCAGGUGGUGAAGGCGCACUAAACCGCAUGGAUACAGAGCCACCUUUUUUCUUGUAUGUUACUGGGGGCCGAGCUGACCAGGGUCGCUGGGCCCCUGCUUCCCAUGUCGUGGAUGUGGCGAAGGCGGAAGUGCUAGAGAACCCGCAGGCUUCACGCGCAGUUAGGCAAAUGGCAGCUAUCAAUGACACGGAUGCAGAGUCUGGUGUGCACAAAGUGUUCAGAGAACAUGGCCUAGUUCCACCAGUUCCCAUCUCUCAAGUUGACCUGGGUGUCCCAACUUUGAGAGCGUUUCCAAUCAUCAGACUUCGAGAUUGGGGCCAGUAUUUGUUGAAUGCUGGUUUGCUUUGGCGGCAAAUGACUGGUUGUGAUACUUUUGAAAAAAUGAAUGCUGUUCUGGCUGAAUUUUGGAAUCGUAUGCGAAGCAUCUUUCCAAACCAUGGGGUCUACCAGCUUGCUUCAGAAGGUGUUUUGGAGCUUCAGAACACCAUUCCGAUUUACUCACAUACUGAUGAAGGCAGGUCGCUGAAAAAGAACCCUAUCCUAGUCAUUUCAACUCAUGGUGUUCUAGGAAUCUUUUAUUGGGGUUCCGAGUCGGGUGAGCCGAAGGGUUUCAAUCCGACUUGUUCAUUUGAGAUCUUUACAGCGAUCUUUGCUGAGAUGUUGAAUUUGCUCCGAGGGCCUGCAGAAUUGCAGGGUUAUGGCAAUUUCAAUUGCUUAGCCAUGGAGUUUCUGGGCAAAAGCCUAGAAGACCACGUUCAGAUGUGCGGUGGUCGGUUCAAACCAAAAACCGCAUGUCUCGUGGCUCAACAGGCGCGGCGUAGCGGCGGUGGCGUGGUUGAUCUGGGACCAGGAACCGAUGAAUGUGGGAAAACCCCAUGCCAUAAACCUACCAUUUUUGGUGAUUUUGGGGAUUGA